CCCUAACCCUAUAUUCAUCGUUAAUAUCUCUUCAUUCCCUCUCUUCUCUCCGCGUCUUCCUCCCUCUCAUACUCUCUCUCUCACGGACCCCCUGUGCACAGCCACUCGAUCUGCCGUCGUGAGCCACCAUCGUCGCCUCCAGCCACCGCCAAUCAGAACCUCGCCGCUGCCACCACCUCCUUCCUCUCGUCCACACGCCGACGCAGCCCCCUCUUCCUCCCUCGCAAGCUCUCUGUCUCACGGAUCCUGUGUGCACAUCCACCACAUCUGCCGCCGUGAGCCACCAUCGUCGCGUCCAGCCACGACCUCGCACACCACGAGCAUCCACCGAGCCCUUCCUCCUCCCCCAGCCCGAAGCUCCUCCCUCUUCCCUCGCACGGACGCCCUCUCUCUCUACAGAAUUUACCCACCUCGCGGCUCAGAUUCGCUUUUUUAGUAAAGUCGAUUGCUGUGGCUCCAACUUCGAAGGUUGACAAGAAGUAGUCGCCGACAACAGGACUUCUAAUUCCAUGGCCUGUCAAUUAGGAGCUUCUUCCUCUUCUUCACCGACUUCAUCUCCUCCCAUCCGUUCAUGUAAUCAUGAGGUAUUCUUGAGCUUUAGAGGUGAAGAUGUACGCCAUAACUUUAUUUCCCAUCUAUACAAAGCGUUGGUUGAAAGGGGAAUUAAUGCUUACAUUGACAACAAUCUUGAAAGGGGAGAGGAGAUUUCAUCGGAACUUUUCAAAGCUAUUGAAGGGUCUAUGAUUUCUAUUAUCGUACUCUCUAAAAAUUAUGCAGAAUCUAAAUGGUGUUUAGAUGAACUAUUGAAGAUUCUUGACUGCGAGGAAACAAAAAAACAAAUUGUUCUACCAAUUUUUUUUCAAGUAGAGCCAUGGGAAGUAGAGCAUCAAAAAGGGAAUUUUGGAAAAUCCUUUGAUAAACUUGGAGGUGAGCUCAAGGAUAACGCAAAGAUGGUGAAAUGGAAGAAAGCUUUGGUAAAAGUAGCCGGGUUUUCUGGUUUACAAUUAGCGAAAUGCCGGGACGAAUCUGAAUGUAUCGAGAAGAUUGUUCAAGAAGUCUCAAGCAAACUACCAAAUCGUACAAUGCUUGAAUGUAUCGAGAAGAUUGUUCAAGAAGUCUCAAGCAAACUACCAAAUCGUACAAUGCUAGCAUGUCGCAAAUUAUCCGGUUGGAUUGGAGUCCCGUGGAGAAGGAUUGUUCAAGAAGGAUUGGAGUCCCGUGGAGUCUCGUGGAGAAGAUUCUUUUUUUUUUUUUUUUGAAUUUUUUUUGAUUGUAGAAAUGGUCCCAGAUCAAACUAUUAGCUUUUAACUUUGAGCUUUAUUAAUUCUGAUGUGACAGUGUUGUUGGAUUGUGAGACAGCGUGUUAUUGGUGGGCCUCUUCUCGAUCGAGGCCAUCAUUCUUCUCUUUAAUUUUUUUAAUAAAAAGUUCUAUUUAACGUGGUAAAUCAUAUUAUAAAUCAAAUCUAGUGAAAUAUUAUUAUUUAUUUUAAA